AUGGAGCACGGCGCCAUCGCCUUCAUGGUGCCCGCCGUCGCGCACGACAGCAAACACGCGGCACGCCACCUCAAAGUGGAGCAUGUGGUGCAGGAGCUCGAUGCGCUGGUGUUGCAGGGUGGGGCCGAUGUGGCGCCACAAACCUACGGACAGGCUCCCAUCGACCCGCGUUGGCAGGGCGAUGUGAAAAAGCCGGUGCUGGGCGUGUGCCGCGGUGCGCAGCUGCUCAAUGUGGCGUUCGGGGGCACGCUCUACCAGGACAUUCCCACGCAGUGCCCGGCGGCCCACGCCCACGUGGACACCGAUCUGUACGACCAGCUUGAACACGACGUGACCUUUCUGCAGGGCACGGCAUUGACCAAGCUCUAUCCCCACGCGUCGCAAUUGUGCGUGACCAGCAUCCACCACCAGGCGGUGGCGGAGCUGGGCAAAGGCAUGGUGGUGGAGGCGGUGUCGACGCUGGACGGCAUGGUGGAAGCGAUCCGCUGGACGGGCGAUGCCUACGCGCGCGGUGUGCAGUGGCACCCGGAGUUUCACCAUGGCCGGCAUGCCUUGGCCGACAGCUCACCCAUCAUGCUCGACUUCCUGGAGGCUUCACGCGAGGCGGCCAUGAUCC